AUCUUGAAAAUAAAGUUUGCGUCAAAGAAAUAAGCGAUAAAACUUAUAAGAAAUCUCUUAGUUCGGUAAAUAGCAGAAUUUAAGCAUCAUUGAAGUACAUCAUGUGUUGGUUCAAAAUUCAUAAGUUUUGAGAUAUUUGACGCCGAUCAGCACAUAUUUGCUUGGGAAGGGAACAACUGGAAGCGGACUGGCGCAGUUUACACGCACACAGGGAGAGAGAACGAGACACAUAUUAAUACUUUCGAGUGCGAGAUGAGAACAACAGCGCAGCUCACAAUAAAACAGAGUAAACACGAUAUAACAGCGCGCGCUGCUGAGCGAACUAUACAUCGCUUUAUACACAGUAUAUAGAUGUGUGCACGCGCGUGUACAUAUACACAUAAAAAGCUUGGCUUAUCAUGUGCGAAUGCGGGGCCUCUCUCUCUCUCGCUCUUUCACCAUGGCUGAGAGUGCUAUAGUGUGCGUGUGUCGAAACAGCGCGGUAAAGAACACACACACCCCUACUCAUUUUUUGCAUCAACCCCAUAACAUUAUCUAUAAGCGGCGGCGGCGGCAGUGGCGGCGGCGGCGGCACGAUAACCACGCCCACUGCAAUGUAAACUCUCCCUUUUACAUUAAGUAACACGCAGGGGUGGAGCUUCGGAGAACCACCCUAUGUGAAUGCGAUUUAACCCAGAAAGUUUGCGUUUCGUGCGGUUUUGCAGGGGGUAGCCGAGUCGUUAGCCAAUGAAAAGGCCCGUUGUCAAAAUCACAGGCGCGCAGAAUGUAGUGUGUUUGUCGAGGCUGCAGCCCCGUGUGUCGGGGUGUCUCGCUCGCCCGGCCAGCCUGCCAGCCAGCCAGUCCGUACACACGCACAUACAAAUAGAGACAACACGUUUUAACAGCGCGGCGCGUCAACACCACUUGCCCAAUGGCUGACCUCGCGUGGCACCAGCAGCACCUUGCCGGCGCCGCGUACCCCGCCGCCGAGCCGGCGCCGCUCGACCUGCGGGGCCCGCCGGCCCCGCAGCCCUUCCGCAGGCACCAGCACGAGUCGUCCGACUCAGAGUCCGAGGACAUCAACGUCGACUCGGACGACGACGUGACCGUGGCCUCGCGCCACCACUCGUUCAGCGCGGCCGCCGUCGCCGCUGCCGGCGCCUCGGACGUCGCCGCCGCCGCCAAGGAGCAGCAGCUGGCCGCCAAGGGCACCAAGGCCGACGACGCGGCCAAGGGGGCGACUAACGUCAAGCCACCCUACUCGUACAUCGCGCUCAUCACCAUGGGCAUCCUGCAGAGCCCGCACAAGAGACUCACCCUAAGCGGCAUCUGCGAGUUCAUCAUGUCCAGGUUUCCCUACUACCGGGACAAGUUUCCCGCGUGGCAGAACUCGAUUAGGCACAACCUGUCGCUGAACGACUGCUUCAUCAAGAUUCCGAGAGAACCGGGCAACCCGGGCAAGGGUAACUACUGGACCCUGGACCCGAUGGCCGAGGACAUGUUCGACAACGGAAGUUUCCUGCGGCGCCGUAAGCGUUAUAAACGACAGCAGCCACCGGCCUUCCUGCAGAACCAUGCUGCCAUGGCGGCUGCCGCGGCCGCCUUCCUGGGUGGAGGCGCGGGGGCCGGCGGGGGCGACCCAUACCUGUCACAUGGUCUGCCCCCGCACCACCUGCCGCCCCCGUACGCAUACCUGCAGCCGCCGUCGGUGCCACUGCUGCCACGCCUCUCGCUGGCGCCGCUCGGCCUCAGUCUGCACGCCGCCGCCGCCCCCGGCGCUGGCAGCCUCCACAAGCCCGUGCCCACCCUGUACCAGUGCAAGACAGCGGCCACCCUCAAGUCAGGAUUCACCAUUGACUCGUUAAUAGGCAAGGUGUUGAGAGGAUCGUCGCAUGUCGGGGCUGGGGGCCGGCAGUCUCCGCCCGCAGUCACCCGUAGUACCGACUCGGCCUUCACACCUCUCGGUGGAGAGCGUGCGUCGCCCCUGCCGGAACACGCGAACACCACCUUGUGAGACCCCGAUUCACCCUCACAACCACAACGAAAAUAUAGAACAUUUUAGAACGGCAAGUUGAUGAAAUUUCUUUAAUUUUCAUCUGGUUUACUGUGUGUUUUUGCCAAAACAAAUUUGAAUAUCGCUUCGCACUCCAUGUUGUUCGAAUUAACAAUAGAGCUUUUCCCCGUUUUAAUUUCAGGUAUUGCGAGAUUGAGAAAUUCAGGAUCAUGUGCGAAUGCGAGAAUUUACGUGAUCAAGUUAGCUUGAGUCUUUUGCACUUCCUUCUUGCGCUUAUUGUUUGUUAAAUGUCUGUUCCUCUUGGCCGCAUUCGUUCAUCUCAGCACUCAUAUUUCAUUAUAGUAUUGAAUAAUGUCUGUGAUAAUGCUCCUACAAACACAUACACGACGCGCAAGAAAGAGUAUAUACACUGCAGUUAAAAACCUCCUCAUUUACGUGUAUAUAUAGAGCGUGACAAAUGUGCCCAAACACAAAACAACAUCUGACGCUUCGUGUAAUUUACUGACUAUACCUGUAUGUGGAAAUUGUACAUUAAAUAUAACAUGUUUAAUUGAUA